AUGAAACAGUAUGAAACAACACGCGUGGCUAUCCAUCACUGGGCGAGAGCACGGGGCAAGGAUGAUUUCGAUAGCUUUAUCUCAGAGGCUCCUAUCGCACUUGCAGAGGAUACUACGCCCCUUCAAUGGUGGUGUAGUGAGGACGUUCGUACAGCGUAUCCACGGCUUAGCCGCAUGGCUAUCGAUAUCUUGUCUGUACCAGCAGAAUCAGCAGAGCCAGAGCGGACCUUUUCAGGGGCUAGGCGCACAGCUAGGUGGGAUAGGUUACGAUUGUUGAUUGAGAACAUUGAGAAGAUUGAGUGUAUCGGCAACUGGCUGCGAGAGGGACAUAUUAGACCGUCAGCUGAGGGUGGGAUAGGCCUCCCGUGUGAUCCAGAGGCUAUAGAGGGUGAUAUCUAA